UUGGGAAUUGUGCAGUGAAUUGGGUGCUGGUGGCGGUCUUGGACAGGGAGCCUCUUUAAGCGCGAGGCGAGCUUUCCGUGGUGGAUACAUCUUCGGGUUUUGCUUUCUUUGCUUCGCCGCUGUCGAGCCAUUAUGACUUUAGAGGAAGUUCACGGACAGGAGCCAAUACCUGAAACUAGUGACAGCAGCACCAGCAGCGCCGCCAGCGGCAGCAGGAUGCAGAGCGCUGGCAAAGCCCUCCACGAACUGCUUGUCUCCGCGCAGCGCCGCGGCUGCCUGACGGCGGGCGUCUACGAGUCGGCCAAGCUGAUGAAUGUUGACCCGGACACGGUGGCCUUCUGCCUGCUAGCGGCGGACGAGGAGGACGAGGGAGACAUUGCCCUCCAAAUCCACUUCACCCUCAUCCAGGCGUUCUGCUGCGAGAACGACAUCGACAUCGUGAGAGUGAACGACGUCCAGAAGCUGGCCAGCAUCGUGGGGGCCAGUGAGGAGGACGGGGAGCCGCGAGACCUUCACUGCAUCCUCAUAACGAACCCUAAUGAGGAUGCCUGGAAGGAUCCAGCCUUGGAAAAGCUAAACUUGUUUUGUGAGGAGAGUCGGAACAUCAAUGAUUGGGUGCCCAAUAUCACCCUACCUGAGUGAUGAAAGUCCAGUGCAUGGGAGAGGUGGAAGCCUUUUGUUGCAUUCUCAUCAUGGAGUUGCACACCUGGGCAACCCAAAAAGUGGCUGAUUCUGUGGAUUCGCCAAGUCAACAGCUUGGAUUAAGUCGCUGGGACAACACGUGGUGGGUUCUUGUGGAGAAAGGAGAAGCAAAGGAAAAGAAGGGGAAUGGCUUAUGCCAACAGUGAAUCCCUACUAUGUUGCUGCGCUGGAGAAGCUGGCGGGUUCAUGGAGUUGAACUACAAGUUUUUAGGUGCAGAAGGAGCAAAACCUGUAGGUUUCCAGGUUGGGCGGAAUGUUGUGUUAGAGAGCAGGGGAGAAAAGUUGGAAAACUGGACACAGAUGGCAUGGGAAGGUAUGGACACAAUAUCGUAACCAAGAACUGCUGUUUGGGCUGGCCAGAGCCCCAAAACAAGAGACUGGAAGCAUAAUCUUUGGAACUAUAAUACUUUUACAGAAACUUUGAUGCAGACUGAUGUACUGAAUGCCUUCGGACUAUAUUUUGCAUUGCUUACCAAUUUUACAAUAAUCCUUUUCCAAUUAAAUUCAUGCUGGUAUUGAGGAUCUUUUAUAUUUUGUA